UCUUCCUCCUCCUCUUCUUCCUCCAUCGUUUCCCGUCAAGGAAACCCUCGGAAAAAUCAGAGAUGGUGAAGAAGGAGAAGAAAGCAAAUGUUUCCGGGAAACCGAAGCAUUCGCUCGAUGCGAAUCGUGCGGAUGGGAAGAAGAAAACCACCGAGGGGCGUACCGCCGCGACUGUUCGCCGGCUUAAGAUGUACAACACUAGGCCGAAGAGGAACACCGGCGGUAAAAUCCUUAGCAAUGAGUAUCAGUCUAAGGAUUUGCCCAACACGCGAAUCCAACCCGAUCGGAGAUGGUUUGGGAACACGCGUGUCGUGAAUCAGAAAGAGCUCGAAUACUUCAGGGAAGAGCUGCAAACAAAGAUGUCUAGUAAUUACAAUGUGAUUUUGAAGGAGAGGAAGCUGCCCAUGUCUCUUUUGACUGAUAAGAAGAAACAAUCGAGAGUUCACUUGCUCGACAUGGAGCCUUUUCAAGAUGCCUUUGGAAGGAAAACGAAAAGGAAGCGCCCGAAGCUUGUAGCUUCUGAUUACGAAGCUUUGGUGAAGAAGGCAGCUGAGUCUCAGGAUGCAUUCGAGGAGUUGAAUGGGGAAAGUCCUUUUGGUGAAGGAGGAGAAGAAGAAGACGGAUUUAGAGACCUUGUGAGGCAUACUAUGUUUGAGAAGGGACAGAGUAAACGUAUUUGGGGUGAGCUUUACAAAGUCAUUGACUCCUCUGAUGUAGUUGUCCAGGUUUUAGAUGCUAGGGAUCCGCAAGGUACUAGAUGUCAUCAUUUAGAGAAAACUUUGAAAGAGCAUCACAAGCACAAACACAUGAUUUUGUUGUUGAACAAGUGUGAUCUUGUGCCGGCUUGGGCUACAAAAGGAUGGUUGAGAAUAUUAUCAAAGGAAUAUCCAACUCUAGCAUUCCAUGCAAGCGUUAACAAGUCAUUCGGAAAGGGGUCGCUGCUCUCAGUUUUGAGGCAGUUUGCUCGUCUAAAAAGUGACAAGCAAGCAGUGUCUGUGGGAUUUGUCGGGUAUCCAAAUGUUGGUAAAUCAUCAGUUAUCAACACAUUGCGUACUAAAAAUGUUUGCAAGGUUGCUCCAAUUCCGGGGGAGACCAAGGUUUGGCAGUAUAUCACACUGACUAAGAGGAUUUUCUUAAUUGACUGUCCUGGAGUUGUAUACCAGAGCCGUGAUACCGAGACAGAUAUCGUCCUCAAGGGAGUGGUAAGAGUUACGAACCUGGAGGAUGCAUCUGAGCAUAUUGGAGAAGUCCUGAGGCGUGUCAAGAAGGAGCACUUGCAGAGAGCCUAUAAAAUAAAAGACUGGGAGGAUGAUCAUGACUUUCUUCUUCAACUAUGCAAAGCGUCUGGAAAACUGUUAAAGGGUGGAGAGCCUGAUUUGAUGACAGGAGCAAAGAUGAUACUCCAUGACUGGCAAAGAGGUCGCAUACCUUUCUUUGUUCCACCUCCUAAGACAGAAGAAAAGGCUUCAGUAGCAGAAGCAGAAGCAGAAACUAUCACAGUGCCAGGUAUAGAUCAAGAAGCCAUUGCUGAUAACAAUCAAUCAGCGGCUGCAUUGAAAGCCAUUGCGGGCAUUAUGUCUUCCCAGCAACAGAAGGAUGUUCCUGUCCAAAGAGAUUUCUUUGACGAGAAAGACCUCAAGGAUGACAAUAAAUCAAAAGACUCAACUGAAACAGAUGACGAAGAUGAGAAAGAUGCACAAGAAGAUGAGGACUCUGUCUCAGAAGAUGGAGCGGAAAGUGAGAGUGAUUCGGAUGAGGACGUGGUGUCAGAAAAUGAAGAGGAAAAUGAGUCAGAUUCUGCUUAAGUAACGAAUGUUGGUUACUUGUAGCUUCGUCUUAAUUAACUUAAAAGUGAGAAUCUUAUCAAACCAUUUAUCAUUUACAAAACAAGAUUUAUUCGAA